AAAUUAUGACAAAUAACAAAAUAACACAUCAUGAUGACCUUUAAAAUUAUGUAUACAUCAAACCAUUAAUGUUACUGUAAUUAAAAACCACAUAAAUAUUUUCGGAAGCAAUAAAUUUAUAUACCUUAGGUUGAAAUUGGUUGUCAACUAGAGAGAGAUCUUUGAGCUGUCUCAUUAUAAAAAUAAUCAGAGUUUUGUGAUAAUGUCUUUAGAGGGUAAAUACAAUUUGAAAAGCCCUGGUGUGAAACGUUUGAUGCGAGAAGCUAGCGAAUUGGCCGAACCUACAGAGGAAUAUCAUGCUUGUCCUUUAGAAGACAAUCUAUUCGAAUGGCAUUUUACUGUUAAAGGGCCUCCGUCUACCGAAUUUGAAGGGGGUUACUAUCAUGGCAGAAUAUUAUUACCCUCUCAAUAUCCAAUGCAACCUCCUAAUAUUAUUUUGAUGACACCUAAUGGUCGUUUUGAAGUAAAUAAAAAAAUUUGUCUAUCUAUCUCUGGCCAUCACCCAGAAAGUUGGCAACCAUCAUGGUCGAUACGUACUGCUCUCUUGGCAUUAAUUGCUUUUAUGCCAAUACCUUCAUCUGGUACUAUAGGGUCAUUAGAUUACACUCCUGAAGAAAGACAAAUACUAGCUAAGAAAUCUAAAAAUUGGGAAUGCCCUAUUUGUGGUAAGAUACUUGACAAAUUAUCAACUGCCAAAAAACCAGAGUUGACCCAAGAAGAGAGUAAUAUGAUUCAACAAAUUGCUCUUAAGGCAGAGGAGGAGAUGAAUAAAAAGGAUGUAGAAUGUUUUGACGAAAAAAUUUCAGAUGUCCAAGAAAGCACAUUGCGACAGAGAGUUGGCAAUAGCUCAGAUGAAACUUCUGAGAAAACUUCAACUGUGAUCGAUCCCAAAGAUACAGAUUCCACUAAUCAGAAUGGUGUAUGGAAUGCAGUUAUAGGCAUUUUAAUUUCCGCUAUUGUAUUACUAAUAUUGCGGAGGGUAUUAUUUUUGUAAACUUAAUUUAUCAAUAUAUAUAUUGAAGUAUAUAUAGAAUAAUUGUAAAUAUAUAAUGAGAGUAUACAAGUAUAUUGAUCCGUUCAGAAUGUCGGAAUUCGAUGUUCUUGAACCACCACCUGCGGAUUAAUUGUUGAAUUUUUUUUAUAAUGUUGAUGCCCGUUUGUGAUGGUGUUUUCUCUCAGUAUUUGAAAAUUGGGAACUAUAGGAUAAAUUACAAGAAUGAAAUGGCAACCAAGUUCACCGGCAUGAAUUACAUCAAGUACAUAAUAUUUACUCCAUAAUAUGGGGUAAAAUGCCGUUAAAUAUUUUACUACUAUUUUUUUGAAUCAAUUUCUUUCCUUCGUUUAUUAGUUUCGAAGAAAUUUAGUUUUUUUAGAACUUAUGAUAUAACUUUUUUCAUCGAAAAUUCUACUCUGAUUUGAUUGUUGAGAAGAGUAGUUGAUUGCCAAUAUUCGUUUAUCCUUAUAUAAUAAAAUAAAAUAAAACUUGUUGGAAAAUAGAAAUUUAUAAGCAGAAUUACAAAAAUACGCAUUUAUUGUAAAAUCAACAUGCUCAUAAACAAACAAUAGACAUUUGAAUUUAUUUUAACUUCAAAAUCAGAUCUGUACAACCUGUUCAAUAAAUACAUAUAAAGAAAUUGUGUAUGAAUCAAUAUAUUUUUCAGUAGAACAAUAGAUGGGUAAAUGGUUGAAAAUAUCAUUUUCACCAAGAUUCAAAUAUUCAUUAUGAAUACAGACUUUUUCAUAUUUACAAAUGCAAUUCUUCAAACAAACUUUUACUAUAAAACAGAUUAUUAGCAUAUUAUUGGAAUUUCCUGUACAAUUUGAAGGUUAACCUGGAGUACAUUUACGUAAUUUAUUCUUAUAAAUACACGCAUCAAAGUUACAACAUGGGAAUUUAUCCCCAGCGAAUUUCAAAGUUAAGUAAAAUACAGUAGAGUAUUGAAAAAAUAAUAUUGUGUGU